AUGGUGACUUCAAGGAAUACCGCAUACGCUGAGGAGAGCGCAGAAGUUGAGGUCCUGUAUGCCAACCUAGAGAAGCUCAACCGACUCACCAAGAAGAUACAAGGCUCUAUGGUACGCUUGGAGACAGGAGGCAAAGUUGUCAAAGAGGCUAUUGGUCCCAUUUACAGCAAUACUCAAUCCCUACAAAUCACCAAUAGCAACAUUGACAAAGUCAACGACGCUAUCGACCGCCUGCGCCAGCCUCUCGAUGCAAAGAAUCGGGAAGAUGGUAUUAUUCGCGCAGGACCGCAGAGCUCAGGCCUCACACAGUACCUGUCGGCGAUGAAACGUGUUGAGAAGGCGCUGGUCGACCUCAAUACCACCAACCUUCGAUCCAAUCAGAAUGCGAUCGCCGACUUUAAUUCUCUUCUAAAUACCGGAAGCGCAAAACUUCAAGAUAUGCUACGGGCAGAACUGAAUCAGCAUGCCACUCCGAUCGAACCCCUACAUUAUCUGACGAAAGAUUUACCCUUCCCAUCCCUCCCCGCCGAAACAAUAUCCCAUCUGGCACCUUUAUGUUCGGUGGUCGGCUCCGCGGCGAUUCAUGGAUCUCAGCGCGGCAAGGGGGAUAACCCCGCACUGAAAGUAUAUGCGGAGGUACGAGGGCCCUACAUCACAGCCAGCUUGGAGAAUCUCGCCAUUGCAUCCCUCAAUACAGUCAAACGCCGGGUCGCCGAUGGCCCCUAUAAACAGGGUACCAAUGGUAUUGGUAUCUACUCCAAUGCACUGGAGGCUUUCAUAACUACCGAACACGCCAUUAUCGUGCAGAUGUUUACUGGAGAUCAACAAGGUCUAGCGUUACAGGCCACCUUCCUUCCAGCUAUGGGUGAAUACUCCAAAACACUGCGCGAGCUCAACCAGUACAUAAAGGCCAAUCUGAUGACGGACUGCUUCCUGGCCUUUGAAAUCAUUGAAAUUGUGACCGCGAUGUCAUAUCGGAUUGAUUCCAAGGCUGCGGAAAUGAAGAGCCUCCUAAUCGAAGCUCUUCGGCCUGUACGCGAGACUGCCAAGUCAUCCCUCUCCGAAUUGCUUGAGGAAACGAAGCGCAAAGCUGCCACCAUACCUCUCCCACCGGAUGGCGGAUCAGUGCCUCUUGUGGAGGAAGUGAUGAGCUCACUAGCCACGUUGACCGGCUAUUCGGGUCCUUUGGCUUCUAUCCUGACAUCGUUGGGAGAUGGAAAUUGGCGUGCUAAGUCUAACGCCGCCAGCUCGGCUCCCCUGGAUGUAAAUCCAGACAGCGGUACUCUUCUGUCGCACUUUAUUUUAGACAUGAUCGAGGCCUUGAUGACGUCUCUAGAAGCUCGUGGUCGGACUUUCCAUCGAUCCAAGGCGGCACUUGGUGUGUUCCUGUCCAACGUGUUCUUUGUGGUCGACCGAUCCAUUCGACAGAACCCGGAACUGGCUCGGUAUCUGGGUUCUCCUGACAGUAUCGCCAGGAUUGACACUUUCCGCAAGCGUGCGACGUCUACCUACCUUGAUGCAUGGAAGGAAACAUCCCAGUAUCUCCUUGAUGUGCAGUACACCUCUCGUGGAGCUCAACGCAACUCCAGUGGCAACGUGGAUUCAAGUGCGAUUGUCAAGUCCCUGUCGUCCAAGGAUAAGGAUGCGAUCAAGGACAAGUUCAAAUCCUUCAAUGCUAGCUUUGAUGAGAUGGUGGCCCGGCAUAAAACCCUUCACAUGGAGCGCGAGGUGCGCACUGUGCUGACUCGUGAGCUGCAAGCCGUCCUCGAGCCCUUGUAUGCUCGCUUUUACGAUCGAUACGUGGAGAUCGACAAAGGCCGCGGCAAGUACAUCAAGUACGACAAAGCAAGCCUAUCGGUACAGCUGGCGCAGUUGUCUUGA